AUGAAUACCGAAAAUUCUUUCCCCGACCGCCAGCGCGCUGAUACCACUACUACACCGGCCCGUUUUGUCGCGUCAAUUGCUCAGAUGCUUCGUGGACCUGCUGGUUUUGAUGGCUUCGGUGUGAUCCGGGACGACCAGUACUUCCUGAUGCAGCAGCCUACUGUAUACGCGGGCAACGAAAGAGUCUGGCGCCGUAAUCAAGCAGACUCUUACCAAACUCAGGGUAACGCUCAACAUGAUACGUUCUACCCCGGUUGGAACAUGCUUGGAGAGCUCCAGCACUUCGAACCCAGUCUUCCGCAGUAUCCAGAGACCAAUGUCGCCCUCGGUUCCCACAACGGCUUUGUCGAUGAGUACACGUAUCCUCUGGGUCGGCUUUCUCCUUCAAACAGCGCCGAACUUCUCACAUCGCCCGAUUUGCCCGACAAUGAUGGCGCUGUCAAUGUUGAAGAACCCGUGGAUGUCGUGAAAAACUCGCUUGUCGAGAAAGAGAAACAAGCUAGGGCGGUGCUGAAGAAGCAGCGGAGCCAGGACAGUGUGGUCGAGCAGAUGGGUGAAUCCGUCAACAUUGUCCAGACAGCCACUGGGGUCCAAUUCGGUGGCGUUUACUGGACUGCACCUGCCAAUGACACAACUAUCCCUUCAUCACCGGCAGAGAUAGUCCUACGCAUCAACACACUGACGAAGGCUAUGCAGAACAGGCACGGUUGUAGGGAGAAGACUACAACCGGCCAAUAUCGGAAUCGUUGGAGUGACGAUUCAACUUACUACUCCGAGGACGAAUUCAAGGCAGCUUCUCGCGAUCUUGUGCUCGCUAUGGUCGAUAUCCAUCAAAACGGUUGGACCAAGACCAUCUUCGACAAGGGCGAACGUGAGAAUUGCCAGGCCACAAUGUUCUACACCUUUGGGGAUCGUUUCGAAGCCCUUCGGGAGCUUCUUCAUUACUCAAAGACAACUUGCCAGGACAUCCUGAAGGGUACCCGUUUCCAUACGAUCAUCGGAAAUCCACGCACUCUCACCUUCCGCACGGCGACCAACAAAGUUGCGAAUGCGCAUAAGGCUAGUCUUAUUGCGAGAGGUAAGGAGUCUUCCAACAACGAGAAGCACACAAUCAGUGAGGCGCACUCCAACUCCGAGGAGUGUUCCAACAGCGAAGAGUCUCCAGGGCCUAAGAGACCUUCAAAGGGCAAGAAACGGGCUCAUGAAGACGUGCUUCAGGUGAAGGAAAAGCCGGGGGUCAACCUUCUCCGUCCAGAAGCGGCUGCGAAGAAGCGGCGCAAGACGUGA